AUGGCUUCCAAUAGAGACAAGAAAAUAGCUACGGCCAAUGCCAAUACUCUCAAGGAGCUCCACUUGAUCACUUUGGCCAUAAAUGCGCUUGUGAUUCUAAUUAUAUACUUUUUCAGUAGACCCUCCUCGUUCUUACCAUACAUAAUCUUCUCAUUUCCAGCAUUCUUUUCUCAGUACACCCUUGAAAAAUCUGGAAGACCGAAAUAUGGAAAUGAUGAGUACGGUCAGCACAGAUUGAUCUCCUCUGGAGAUGAAAUCAAAGGAGAGGGAUUGUUUGAAUAUAUGUUCGAUAUCAUCUAUGUCACGUGGUUCUUGGAUAUCUUGAUGGUUGCUUUUGGAUCCAACAAGGUAUGGUGGUUGUUUUUAGCAGUUCCUGGUUAUGCAUCGUACAAAUUGUUUGGGUUUGUGAAGCCAUUUUUGCUGUUAGGAAAGGGAAGCAAAGCGGACGGUGUACCAGAAAGUGACGAUACUGCAGAUAAGAGCGGCAAAAAGGGCCAAUCUAAGAGACAAGCGAAGUUGGAAGCAAGAGGCCAGAAACAGCAGGUUAGAUACAGGUAA